AUGCCACCAAGGAACAUAACAGGAUUUUCAGAAUUUCUUCUUCUGGGAUUCUCAGAAGAACCAGAACUGCAGCCCCUCAUAUUUGGGCUUUUCUUCUCAAUGUACCUCAUCACUGUGUUUGGAAACCUGCUCAUUAUCCUCGCCACCAUCUCAGAUCCCCAUCUUCACACACCCAUGUACUUCUUCCUCUCCAACCUGUCCUUUGUAGACAUCUGUUUCACCUCCACCACCAUCCCAAAGAUGCUGCAGAACAACCACACCAAGAGCGAAGUUAUAACCUAUGAAGGCUGCAUCAUCCAGAUGUAUUUUUUCAUACUGUUUGCAGCGUUGGAUGACUUCCUCCUGACAGCGAUGGCCUAUGACCGCUUCGUGGCCAUCUGUCACCCCCUGCACUACACAAUCAUAAUCAACCCACAACUCUGUGGAAUUUUGGUUCUGGCUAGCUGGGUCAUCAGUGUCCUGCAUUCUUUGUUACAAACUUUAAUGGUGCUGAGGCUGUCCUUCUGUCGAGAGGUGGAAAUCCCUCACUAUUUCUGUGAAUUCAAUCAGAUGGUCCAACUUGCUUGUUCGGACAACUUUCUUACUGACAUGGUGAUGCAUAUUGCAGCUGGGCUGCUGGGCGGUGGUCCACUUGCUGGUAUACUUUAUUCUUAUUCUAAGAUAGUUUCCUCCAUAUGUGGAAUCUCAUCAGCUCAUGCAAAGUAUAAAGCCUUUUCCACCUGUGCAUCUCACCUCUCAGUUGUCUCCUUAUUUUAUUGUACGAGCCUAGGAGUGUACUUUAGCUCUGCUGCUACACACAGCUCACACCCAGGUGAAAUCGCCUCAGUAAUGUACACAGUGGUCACACCCAUGCUGAACCCCUUCAUCUACAGUCUGAGGAACAAGGACAUAAAGAGGGCUCUGAAGGGUUUCUUUGGAAUGGCAGCUAUAAAUAGGCCAAGGGUCUUUGGCUGA